ACGAGAAGUUUAAUGUUAGCGAAGCUCCACCGAAAAUGACACAGAGGUGAGUGAGUGGAGAUGAAACAGGUGACCCCAACGAAAACGUCUUCGCUGGGAGGGUUCAUGAGGAGACGCUGACGCUUAUUUGUGUGAGGUUCGGGCUGCCUACUUUGUUAGCCCACCUUCACUCCGACUGGCUCGGCUUGUGGAAGAACCGCUGUGGCUGCUAGCGAAGCUCGUUAGCCGCUAACUACCGCGGCUAGUAGCGAGCUAACUAGCCGCUUCGCCCGAUUGAAGUGAACAAGUAGGGGUGUGUGAAGCUAACAGCGCAAAGGCUGCUUUUGGGGUGCUGGAUAUAUUGCCGGGAGGAAUUACUCGCCGUCGGAGGUGGUGUUAUCAACACCGGUAUCUGCUGCAUUGUUGUGCCUCUCCCCUGCCCUCUUCUCAUUGUUGGCGGAGCGUCCUGACUGCACACCGCUAAGCCCAUGCAUGCUAGCAACGACUGCAGCCAGCUACAGUGAUGUCACAUUAGCUAACCAUCCCUAUUUUCUUUUUUUUGGCCGUUUGUGAGUGUAUGCGGUCACUGGUACGAGCUUUUGGAGAUCGACGGGUUAUAUCAUCCCACAGUGACGCCUGUAUAUUAACUGUACUUUCAUGUCGUAUCACCCGACAGCUAGUAGUCCCUCCAGAAGAACUAGACUCGGAGCAUGCAGGAAAAGAAAAUACUUCAGAUAAGUAGAUAGGGGACGUCGGACACAAGCGAGGUAAAUUGGACUGUGUGGUUAAUCUACCACCGAAAAAAAAAACAGGGAUUGCAUUUGGUGGCUGGAUUGACAAAGUAAAGGAUGAAGAAGUUUUCCAGAAUGCCAAAGUCUGAGAGCGGCGGGCUCGGAGGGGCGUCCGGCUCCAGCUCCGGAGUCAGCAGCUACUUCGGGAAAGUGUUUGCGGUCGGCCGGUAUCAAGUCACCGUGGAUGAGCUUAUUGCAGAGGGAGGCUUCUCGGUGGUGUUUCUGGCUCGUACGCACAGCGGUGUCCGCUGCGCUCUCAAAAGGAUGUACGUCAACAACGUCCCUGACCUGAAUGUGUACAAGAGGGAGAUCACUAUCAUGAAGGAGCUGUCGGGCCACAAGAACAUUGUCGGCUACCUGGACUCCACACUCAAUGCCGUGUCGGACAGCGUCUGGGAGGUCCUGAUCCUCAUGGAAUACUGUAAAGCGGGUCAGGUGGUGAAGCAGAUGAACCAGCGUUUGAAUGUGGGCUUCACUGAGGCUGAGGUCCUCCACGUCUUCUGUGACACCUGCGAGGCCGUGGCCCGUCUGCAUCAGUGCAAGACGCCCGUCAUCCACAGAGACCUCAAGGUUGAAAACAUCCUGCUGAACGACCAGGGAAAUUAUGUGCUGUGUGACUUUGGCAGUUCCACUCACAAGAUUUUGCUGCCGCAUAAAGAUGGAGUGACUGCUGUGGAGGAUGAGAUUAAGAAGUACACAACCCUUUCAUAUCGGGCGCCGGAGAUGAUUAACUUGUAUGCAGGGAAAGCCAUCACGACUAAGGCUGAUAUAUGGGCUCUUGGAUGCUUGUUGUACAAGCUGUGCUUCUUCACACUUCCAUUUGGGGAGAGUCAAGUUGCCAUAUGUGACGGAACCUUUAUCGUUCCAGAUAACUCCAAAUUCUCCUUCAAGUUGCACUGUUUGACCAGAUAUAUGCUCGAACCAGACCCGGAGAAGAGACCAGACAUUUACCAAGUGUCCUACUUUGCCUUCAAUUUAGCUGGAAAAGACUGUCCCGUGCCAAAUCUCUUUAGCUCUCCCAUCCCUACGUCGCUGCCAGAGCCUCUAACUGCUAGUGAGGUCGCUGCUAUGAAAAGCAUGACGAAAGCCAGGAUAACAGACGACGUGGGGCCGACAGAAACAUCAAUCGCUCCCAGACAGAGGCCAAAAGCGGCAAACAGUAACGUCCUGCCACUCGCCAACACUGUCACCCCUGUGAAGAUGACCGCGCCUUCAGCACCCGUCAGCAACGGCCAGAAAGCUCCCACCCCUGGCUCUGGGCAGCCUUCGGUGCAGCCCCAGCCCAGCAGUCAGCAGCACCGAGUCCUGCAGCAGCUACAGCCUGGUGACCUGCGUCUACAGCAGCUUCAACAACAACAACAACAACAUCACCACCACCAACAACAACAACAACAAGCAGUGCAGCAACAACAUGCAAAUGCUCAGCAACUCCAAUACCUCCAGUACCAACAGGCUGUGCAGCAGUCCCUCCAGCUUCAGCAGCAUCAGCAGCAUCAGCAGCAGCAGCAGGCCUUCCAGCUUCAGCAGCAGCAACAGCAGGCCCUCCUCCUCCAGCAGCAGCAGCAGCAGCAGCAGAUGAUGAUGCAGCCGAUGUACCAGCAGCAGAUUGCUCAGGCUCAGGCUCAGGCCCAGGCUCAGUACGCAGCCAUGCUGCACCAGUACCAACAGGCUUUUGUCCACCAGCAGCAGCAGCAGCAGCAGCAGCAGCAGCAACAACAGCAUCAUCAUCAUCAUCAACAUCAACAGGAGCAGCAGCAGCAGCGGCGUCAUCAACAGGAGCUACUGCUGCAUCAGCUGCAGCAUCAGCAGCUGCAGCAUCAUCAGCAUCAGCAGCUGCAGCAUCAGCUGCAGCUGCAGCAGGAGCAGCAAGAGCAGGAGCAGCAUCAGCAGGAGCAGCAUCAUCACCCGGCUCAGCAGCCUCUCUCCUACAUGUCCUCCCCUCUUGAGUUCCAGAUCCCGCUGGGCUCCUAUAGCUCGACCACUCCCACUGCUGGAGCCGGAGCUGGGCAGAUGGGGGGACCAUCACCUGUCGAUCCCUCAUACUCUAACCCAGGUAGGAACGCUCUCCUGGCUUCAGAUGGGACCACGCCCCCCUCUCAGAACAGUGCCGUCACUAAACCCCCCGACAUGUCGCGCUGGAACCCUUUCGUAGAAGACAACUUCUCCAAGUUGACCGAAGAGGAGCUGAUCGACCGGGAGUUUGACAUGCUCCGAGCAAACAAGCCAAUGGAGGGAACAGCCAGUGUGGAAAAGGAGCGCGCGCAGCCUGCUGCCUCCACCGCCAACACCCUGCAACCAGAGGAUCUGUUCGGCUCAGUCCCGUUCGUGGCCAGUGCAGAUGAGAUAAACUCUGAGCAGACCGAUGAGGAAGUUAGUGUUCCCGCCCUCAUCUCAACCCCAGCAGAGGAUCUGCAGCCAGUGGCGGCCAAGGAGCACAAACCGGCCAAAAAGAGCAACUGCAUACCAGGGGAAGAGUCCGACAGUGACUUCGAAUCCGACCCUCCUUCGUCAAAGAGCAGUGAGGACGAAGAGCCGGAGGAGGAAGAAGGCCUGAACAGUGAACACGGUGAAGACAAUGAGCCGGAGACUUUGGGACAGAGGCCUCUGCUGAUGGACUCUGAAGAAGAGGGAGAGGAGGAUGAAGACAUGCACAGCUCUGACUCGGACUACGACCCCAGCAGGGUCAGGAGCCGCUCAAAGAAAGCUCUGGCCGGUAAAGCAGCUGCGGCCUCCGUCAGUUCUGCCAUGUCUCUGAUCACCAACCCCGAGUCUCCCAGCGGAGCGGCAGCUUCUCCCUCUGAGGACUCUGAGGACUCUGUGGACUCUGUGGAUGUUUUUGGUGCUGUUCCCUUUCUCGGAGGAACCUCGCCAGUCGGGCCCUCAAAGAACUUGGAUAUUUUUGCCAAAGCGCCUUUCCGGCAAGUAAGCCAGGAGCAGCUAACUAGGGACGAGUUUGAUGUUUUUACCAAAGCGCCAUUCAACCGUAACCUCUCCAAAUCGGGCAAGAGCGGCCAAACGCCACCCACUUCCCCUGAGGCCAUUGACAUUUUCGGCUUCUCUCCCUUCGAGCCGGGCCCCACCACACCGCCUCCGACCACCUCUAGAAGCGCAGAAGAUAUCUUCCAGUCGUCUUUUGAGGAGUCGGCCAGCCCUCAGCAGCAGAGGCUGAAGCAGCGCAGCCUCCAGAAGCUGUCGUCCCGCCAGAGAAAAAACAAGCAGGAGGCCACAGCAGGCGGCAGCAUGGGCAAACGGCAUCACAGUACGCCGACCGGAGGCCGCAAAAGCAACAAGCCAACUUACCGCACACCUGAGCGAGUCCGCAGACACAAGAAGGUUGGCCGCAGAGACUCGCAGAGCAGCAACGAGUUUCUCAACACCUCUGACUCUAAAGAGAACAUCAGUGUUGAUAUAACCAUGGCUGAGGGGAAAGACAAAGGAGCUUCUCUGACGGUAGACGAGGCCAUUUUGGACCCUUUCGGAGCCAAGCCUUUCCAACCUCAGGACGGCAGCCGGCACGGCCAGUAUCAGGGACUCGCCGACAGCAAUAGCGACAUUGGCACAGCCAAUGGCAAGUCCUGGACGGACUCCCUUCACGGUGCUCUUGAAGACAGCAGCAUGGAUGACUUCGGGGCGGUGCCCUUCACAGAAAUGGUCGUCCACAGUGGCCCUCAGGAGCAGCCGCCCUCACAGCCGCUGGACCUCGACCCGUUCGGAGCUGCACCUUUUCCCACGAAGCAGUGACUUUUCCCUCUCUGCCAGUUGCUGUUAAAUAACGCCUGAGCUUUUUUCUUUGGCUUGGGAGCAUCUUCAAAUCAAUCAUGAAAUGACAAGCUAACAAAUGCUUUUUUUCUUCUUUUUUUUAAGGAACAUUUUAAUACAUCUCUGUUCGAGUGAUGUUUCCACAUAUCUUUCAGCUGUACCUGUUUGCUGAGAAGCCUUUUAUGCUGCAUCUUAACGCUUGUAAAGACGUUUGAAGCGGAACGGAAAACCCACUCGGAAGACGCACUGUGAUUACAAGCUUAUUAACGUUUGACUCACUGCAAAAAGCUCUUUAUGCCUUCUAAACUACCAAUAUCAUUUUGUUUAGCACCACAAAGCCUUACCUGAGCUGGGCUCUGCCUUGCUGCACUGUACCUCGGAAACCACGACAGUCAGCCCACGUUGGCCUCUCGUGUCUGUGGAAUUGUUCGGGAGUGACCUUAACCACUUUGUUUUAUCCUUAUUAGAUCUUUCUCUAUGCAUAAUUUCACCGUAGUCUUUACGAUUUGUGUUGCGUUACACUUUGAUCACUUCAAGGGAUUGCAUUUUAGUGUACUUCCUUAAAAAGUUGUCAAUUGGGUCAGGUUUAAAUUUCGACUCUUAACUGUUUUCUUUUUUUCCUAGAGGUGAGUACAGUUAGUUUUCUAUUUUUAUUAAGUUAACUCAACACAUUGUUAGAAAUACAAAGCCACAUUAGAUCAUUAGUCUUUGGACCCCUUUAAAAACUUAAACUGUACCGCCAUUUCCUCAGCAAUGCUUCUAACUGCUGUUAGGUGCUGUAACAUGUUCUCAAUAAUUUAUGCUGAAGAAUAAAUGGGAAGUGUACGAUCA